UCUUACUGUCAUGUUGCAAGGAACGGUUUGACUCGGAGGCAUGCAGUAUGUACAGAUGUCAGUACAGCAAAAAUAAUACACAUUUGUCAGAAUUUCACGUUGGCUUUUUUGUUUCCUUUCACGUCACGUAGCAAACAUCACUGGGAAACCGAUUCAGCUUUCUGAUGGUUCAUCUCUGAGAAUUGUUUUUUUGUCUUCUUGCUUUACAUGUCAAGCUUUAGGACCCGGCGGGACUCCUCCUCUUUCUUUGUAGUUUUGUUUCUCCGUUUUAGGGCUGCAGUGAAUUAGGAGCCGAAUGUCAGAAGGUGAAAAAGGAGCCAAAAUUCAUGGCUGGUUUCAUACAGAUCGUUAACUGGAGUAAGACGCUAUAACAUGAAUGUGUACAACAGGCGGCCCAAGUGAUUUUUCCAGUGUAAGGAAUUUAUUCAGGCUCGCCCUUGUUUCUCUUGCGCGUUCACGGGGUCUUACCUAAACCACACGGAACAGCAUCCUAGUGCUGCAGUGUGCUCUUAGGCAUAACUUUCGCAUCUUCUUCCUCCACAUUAAGAUCAGUCCAAGGAAAACUCAAUCUUAUUUUCAGGCUUCCAGUUCCGCUAUGAAGAAGAUACUCUACACGUUCCAGUGCUUGUGUAUUUGUAUUUCCUUGACGAUAUUAUGGCAGUCAAGAUCAGCCAUGGCUAGUUCCUCGGAAGAUGAAAUGAAAAAUAACAUCACCUAUUUCACUAAGAUUCUUGACAGCCUUUUGGAUGGCUAUGAUAAUCGACUGAGACCUGGAUUAGGAGAUCGUGUAACAGAAGUAAAGACUGACAUAUAUGCGACAAGUUUUGGACCUGUGUCUGAUACGGAUAUGGAAUACACAAUAGAUGUCUUCUUUAGACAAAGCUGGAAAGAUGAAAGAUUAAAAUUUAAAGGACCUAUGAACAUUCUUCGACUAAACAACUUGAUGGCCAGUAAAAUUUGGACUCCCGAUACUUUUUUUCAUAAUGGGAAGAAGUCUGUGGCCCACAAUAUGACAAUGCCUAAUAAACUGCUCAGAAUUCAAGAUGAUGGGACACUUUUAUAUACUAUGAGGCUUACUGUGCAAGCUGAAUGCCCAAUGCACCUUGAAGAUUUUCCCAUGGACACUCAUGCCUGCCCAUUAAAGUUUGGUAGCUAUGCCUAUACAACAUCAGAAGUAACCUAUAUUUGGACACGAAAUGCUACUGAAUCAGUAGUUGUUGCAGAAGAUGGAUCUAGAUUGAACCAGUAUGAUUUACUUGGACAAACUGUUGGAAAGGAAACUGUAAAAUCCAGUACAGGUGAAUAUACAGUCAUGACAGUACAUUUUCAUCUCAAGAGGAAGAUUGGAUACUUUGUGAUUCAAACAUAUUUACCAUGCAUAAUGACUGUCAUUUUAUCACAAGUGUCCUUUUGGUUGAAUAGAGAGUCUGUUCCUGCAAGAACAGUUUUUGGUGUAACUACAGUACUGACUAUGACUACUUUGAGUAUCAGUGCAAGAAAUUCACUUCCCAAAGUAGCAUAUGCAACAGCCAUGGAUUGGUUCAUAGCCGUCUGUUAUGCCUUCGUCUUUUCUGCAUUGAUAGAAUUUGCCACAGUGAACUAUUUUACAAAGAGAGGAUGGGCCUGGGAUGGAAAGACAGUAGUGAAUGAUAAGAAAAAAGAGAAAGCUUCAAUCAUUAAGAAAAACAAUGCUUAUGCUGUGGCUGUUGCAAACUAUGCACCAAAUAUUACAAAGGACUCAGUAUUGCCUACCAUCUCUAAAAGUGCCACUGCAGAUCCAAACAAAGCAAAGCCAGAUGCAAAACCACAGGAAGCCAAGAAGACAUUCAACAGCGUAAGCAAAAUUGACAGGAUGUCCAGAAUAAUGUUCCCUGUUUUAUUUGGAACCUUUAAUUUGGUGUACUGGGCUACCUAUUUAAACAGGGAACCAGCCAUAAAAGGAUUAGUGCCAUCCAAAUAGGUGAUCAGAUAUACUGUAUGAGAAUUCUAAAUAUAGGACUGAUGAAAUGCCAAAUACAACAAAUAACUGCUAAUAUAUGUGCUUUUGGUAAGUCUGUAAAAGGCAGCCAAGCACGAGUACAAAUGUUUUCUUAAUGCUUCACUGUCACUAUUUAAAUAUUGUUAGAAUACAGUAUUUGUUUUCUUAAACUUGGUAUUUCAUUUUCUUGUUGUUAAAAUGUUUGGAAGUAUUCAUUUCUUGCCAUUUUUGAUAUUUCAUUUUUCCCAUACUUUAGAAUACAAAUGAGUCGCUGUUACAUUUAAAGCCACAUGUAGCUGCACUAUACACUAUGCCAGUUUCUCUGCUUUUUGUCUGUUUGUCAGCAACAGUUGUACUAUGUUGAUUUUUGUCUUCAGCUAGUGAAUUUUUUGAGGACCAAAAUACCUGCAAGUGCUUAAAUCUGAAGGAUACUUAAAAAUUGAUCCUUUUUUCUAUUUAGUUUUUCACCAAAUAAUUAUGGAAUUUUGAAAUCCAUUUUUUAAAUCUAUUUCAUAGAUAUUUACGACUUUAAGCAACUUACUCUGUCUCAGCUAAAAGAUGUGUUUCAUAAAUAAUUUGAAAUAGGGUUACUGAAUUAGAAUGUCUCAUUUGAAAAUUGAAGUAAUGAUGACCUCAAACAAGUUCAACAUGUAACUUUCAAAGAAAAGUUUAUUUUUUUGUGAUUUGCACAACAAAUUAAUUGGCCAUAAUUUUAGCUCUGACUGCUCCCUGCAGUGAACAUCCUGAAGGGUUUUUAUUUAUGUGUGUAUGUCUGUGUGUUUUUAUGUAUUUAUUUAUACAUCAGAUCAUCUCAAAAAUGAUAACCAUUCACUGAAUAUUGUAAAAAAAAAUGCAUUGACAAAUUAUCAAAAACAUUUCUAAAGAGCACUGCCUCUCUCUUUUAUUGGGCAGGUAGCUAUGCUGAUGUAAAAUGAUUCUGACCCAAUAUACUUGAUAUCCAUAAAGAUGAUUUACUGUUAAAGUAGAAUUUGUCAUUUUCAUAUGCAAGUAAAAGUUUAGUAUUGUCAGCUAAUUCUUGAUUCAUUCAUUUUUUUUUCUCAAAUGAUAUAAUAACCACUUGUAAAUUCAUUACUGUGACUCAAACUAUUGUAAAUGUACAGUAAAUGAGACAUUAUUAUUUAGAAUAGAAAUAAUUAUUGUUCAAGAAUUCACUGAAUUAAUUAUUGUUAAUUUUAAGUGCACAUCUUUUCAUCAAACAGCAGCCAGGGAUGACUUUAAGAUAUUUCUUAAAUACCCCAUUUAUAUUGAAUAAAAAUGUUUUUAUUGCUUUCUUGAUUCGUCUCACUGAGUGACAAUUUUUUGAGAAAAAAAUUAAUUUUAUACAUACAUUAGCAGUUGUUAGUUGAUAUGAAUACAGAAAGAUCUUUGUUAUAAACAUUUUUAUUGUAAGUAAAUAUAAAGUUUAGUGCAAAUUGUUACAGUAGUGUACAGUAAAAACUUAAAUAAUACUUUCUAAGGUGUGGUGCACAAUAUUGCAAUCUCCUUAUGAUGUAAAGAAAAGUGUUUCUUUAAAGUAUUUAAAUUGUACGUUCUGGAAUUUAAGGAAGGAAAUCAUAUGUUGGAUUCCCUGUUUUGCCCCUACUUGCUUUUAUUACUAUUAUUGUUUGGUUUGUUGUAAUAUUUUAGUGUCUUGCAUGUGAUAAUGGUGUCAAGGUCAUAAAUUUAAUUUCAACAGAAGACAGAAUUAUACAAGCACCUUGUCCUUGCAUUCAGGGAAGUAUUCAGGUCUAUAUACAGGAAAAUCUCUUUUUGACUUUGGCCUCUUUUAACCAUUCGGAUUAAAGACAUGGGGGAAAUGCACUUUAAGAUAACCCAUCGAAGUACUUUGAUCAUAAAGUUAGUCUCUUCCAGUUCACACAAAGGAUUGUGCAAUAGUUGGGUAUGCAGAAUAUGAUAAGCAAUAAAACGUACUAAGUUUGGACUGUAUGCUUGCCCUUUAAAAAUAUUAAGUAAAAAAUACAUGGUAGUGCCAUUAUAUCCCAAAAAUGCCAAUUUAUUUUCCAAUUUGGUUUCUUUUGAUAUUCUUGUGUGCAUAUAGAGUAUGCACAGUCCAUUCUGAUUAUGUGAUCCAAAAUUUUCAUUUCAGCACUAAUUCUACAAAUGUAAUGCUCUUGUUAUAAUUUCCUUAUCAUUUCCAACUUCACUCUGUUUUUGUAUGUGCGGCCAUAACUCCAUUUCUGUAUUUUAAGAGAUAUUUAUGCCCCCAAAUAUUGCCUUUUAAUUUGAAUGAAAAAAAAAAUAGCUCAAAACACCUUCAACAGCUGCAGUUAGCUGAAGGUUUGCCAGGUACAUUAUGUCAUUUUUGUCAUUUUUAGUAGAAAAUUAUGUUUAUUGUUGAGCUGGACAACAAAUAGGAAUGAUACAUUGUUUUGCUUGACCUAUUGCAUUACAUAAGGCACGCCAUCUUUUCUUACAGUAGCAUUAUGCAAUGCGAAUAUUAAAUAUACUUGAACUUAAUCUGAUUUCAAAUCAAUUUCCCUUAUUAUAAUAUUCUCAACUUCAGCCUAGAGUAAUGUGUUCUAUAGAGUGCUCAGAUAACUUAAAUCCAGCAAAGUAAAACAAUUGAAAACAUAGAAUAAUGGAGUUGAAAAUGUCUGAAUAAUUGUAUGUAUUGUAUGUUACUAGAGGGUGAAUUACUAUUUAAAAUUCUACCAUUUAAUGAAUUUUCUACCAAAGUGAGUCUUCCACAUGUAUACUAUUCCUUAAAAGAUUAAUAUAAGAUCCAGUUAAACCAAACAAGACGAGUAAAUAUUUCAUUCAACAUCGAAAAUAGUUUUUCUGUCAUUUAUUGCAGAAUCAGAUUAUAUUACCCCUUGCCCAAUACUAUUUAAGAAUACACAAUUAACUAAUUAAGUAAUAAUAUUUCUACAUUAUUUUAAAUUGUUUUAUUUUCCUGGCACUACAGUUUGCCAUCCCUUUUAAAAUAUGCGUUUAUGAAAAUAAUUAGUGACUUUAAAUUGGGCUGAUCUGAGAGUGAGUAUGAGUGUGCAAUCUAACAAACUGGAAUCCCAUCCAAGACUGUUUUUCUGCCUGCACAUAACGUUGUAAGUGUUGCGCUAGCUUAGCCAACUACAACUCUGUAUUGAAAUUUAAGGGUUCAGAAAGUGAAAGAAUGAAUUAUAAAUGUUGACUGAUCAAGUUUGAGGUUGAUUAUUAUUAGCCUACUCAAUAAAUGUAUUAGUGUGUUUUGUAAUGUAUUAAAAAUAAUUGGGAAUCUUUAAUAUUCAGUACAUCAGCACUGUAGAAAUGAUUCAUUUCUGGUGUCCCGGCUAUGUAUUAAAAAUAAACUUACACAAAUUUAAUGUAAACCUAUGCUUUGCCAUAGGAAAAGAGUAAAUAUAUUCUUGAAAUGGUAGCUCAGUAUAUAAACUAUCCUAUUUUUGCUACACUAUGAGUAUUAUCUACAAUACUUCCAAUAGUUUUUUAACAAUGAUAAUAGACUUGCUAAUGUCAUGCAUGCAGCCUGUAAAAUAUUUAAAAUAUUUACAAACUUUGUGUGAAUUAUUAAAUUAUUGGAGGUUGUUUAAUUAUUACAUUUUAAAGUAUGACUGUCACCCCUUUUUUAAAAAGGUGUGUAAGCAUGUCCUUGCAUACUGGUUGCUUGUUUGCAACACAGUUUGGCCGAGGCUUUGCUUUUUUUCAAAAUCUGGUCUACCUCAUACCAGCUAACAGCCUCUGUAAGUUGUCAACCUUACUAAAUGUCUUAUCAUUUUACAUUUCUUAGCCCUGUUUGCCCACUUUUUAGAGACUGGUGGUCUUUUUUUCCUUCAUUUCAGAUAUAUAUUGUGGUUAAUGGUUAAAGUGUUAAUGAAUACGUGAUUACUUCAUUGAAUAUGCUGCUCUGUUACGUUUUACUGUAAAAAGACACAUAAACGUUAUUGUAUACUGUCUUUAUCGAUUAAUUUAGAUUUAUUAGAAGAAAGGGACUUUCUAAUAUUAAAACAGUUUCUGUCUACAAAUAUACUGUAGAUAUAAAGGUACUGUUCAUCUGUAUCAAAUAUGAGUUGUUCAUUUGAUAGAAAUGGGCAAUUAACAGAAAUAAGUUAUAGGAUACAAUAUAGAAUGAGGGUAAUGAAAAAGAGGUAAGAACUGAUCAUUGAAACUAACAUGUUCUGUCACUUUAUGUAGUUAAAAAUACAAAUUGUGUGAUAACUUGUGUGUAGUAGGUCAUACAAAUAAACACUUAUAGCAUCCACUCAUUUCUUACAUUAACAUCCAGAUGCAUUAUGAUGUAUGUGCCUUUAUACUUUAGCAAAAGGCUACUCAACAGCAGUAAAUCCCAUUUCCAUUUGUGUGCCAUUAACAAAAAUACACAGCUAAAGUUUUCAGCCACUGCACAGUAUGCAAAAAAGAGUAAAUAUAGAACUGGAGUCAGAACUUCUGGGGUUGUGGUGGUUUUGAGUGACUUUACAAUUUCUUUUAAGAUUUUAUGUCCAUGUGUGAUUAUGUUUGCCCAAAAUAGUCCUGUUUAUGUUCUCAGCAUUGUUCAGUAAUUAUAGUUCUAUCAGU